AUGAAGGAUCGACUGGCGCAACUGAAGGAGAAGAGUGAUGGUGGAGGUGAUGACGUUGAGAUUCCUGUGGACAAUCAGGCGUUUAUGGAUGAUUUCUUUGCCCAGAUUGAGGAUAUCCGUACCAGCAUCGACAAGAUUGAUGAGAGUGUCACAGAAAUAAAAAAACUCUACUCCACCAUCCUGUCUGCCCCCACAUCUGAGCAGAAAACACAAGAUGACCUUGAAGCCCUCACCAAUGAAAUCAAGAAGUCAGCCAACAAUGCAAGAAACAAACUCAAAACUAUUGAGCGCCAGCUUGAGUCAAACACAGAUGAGAGGGCUUCAGCUGACCUCAGGAUACGCAAGUCACAGCAUGCUAUCCUGGCAAAGAAGUUUGUAGAAGUCAUGACAAAAUACAAUGAGGCUCAAGUUGACUUCAGAGAUAAGAGCAAAGGAAGGAUCGCACGACAGCUGGAGAUCACGGGGAAAGCAACAACUGAUGACGAGCUGGAAGAAAUGCUGGAAGGAGGAAACUCAGCAGUCUUCAGUGCUGGGAUUAUGGACUCAAAGAUCAACCAGCAGGCGCUGAAUGAGAUUGAGGCUCGUCACAAAGACAUCAUGAGGUUGGAGAGCAGCAUUAAAGAGCUCCACGACAUGUUUGUUGAUAUCGCCAUGCUGGUUGAAAACCAGGGUGGCAUGAUUGACAGGAUUGAGAGCAACAUGGACCAGUCAGUUGGCUUUGUAGAGAGAGCGGUGGCAGACACCAAGAAAGCAGCCAAAUACCAGCAGGAGGCACGCAGGAAACAAAUGAUGAUCUUCUGCUGCUGUGUGAUCUUGGCCCUCAUCCUCGGCUCAUUUCUCUACAGCUUCAUCAAAUAA